UCGCGGAUGUGCGUCCUGCCAAGGGCCGAGUGAAGAAGGGAGAAGAAGAGGCGCCGCCAUGUCUGAGAGCCUCUCGCCUGACGCGGUGGUCCUGUCUGACAACGCGCCCAGCUUCAUGCAGUCGACGCUGAGCGAACAGGCGUCCGGGAAACGGGGGAGCCAGCAGCGACCGGCCCCAGCGGCAAGUGGUUCCGGCAAACAGCCGGACUUGAGCGGAUGCACUUCGGGCAGCAACGCUCCUGGCAGCAGCCGGCGGCCCGCUAGCAGCGCCACGCAGGCAGCCGAACUGCGCACGGCUAGCGGCAUCAUCGAUGAACUGCAACGCUCACAGCUUCGGGACCAGCGGCGAGUCGCAGCGGCGGCCGUCGUCGCCUGCAGCGCCAUCCUGGUCAUCGUCAUCGUCAUGGCGUACGUGAUCGUCAGCAGCAACCAGAGGCGACCGCUCACUGCGCCUCCGCGCAAUGCCACCGCCGCCGCCGUGUGGGCUGGCCAGCAGCUGUCCGCACUGCAGCCUCCGGGCCCGUUGUAGAGACGACGCACCGUCCGAGCCACCUUAAAACGGGGUGCAAGCACACGGCAACGGAAACUGGCUAUUGCUAUUAGGUUAUUGAGGUGUACCUUUUUCUUUUCCUGCGC